CACGACUUAUCUUCUAGAGCUAAGAAACUUCAUCUAUAUAUAUCAGCAAUGCAUCCAGUUGAUUUAAUAAGCAAUUAUGUGGGCACACUGACCGUUCUCCAAACCCCAGACAGCGCGCAUGUACUUAUGAAGCUAGCAUUCUAAUUAAGAAAACUUGGGAGUUUUGGAUACGGACUGUACACCGUUGCAGUCUGAUUGAGUUGUAUACGAAAGAAAAGAAGAAUGGAAAUAACAAUACGCGACGGAGAUGAUAGAAUGGUAAGACUCUACGAGGCGUCAGCAGAAGGAUGUACAGCCAGCUUGAAUUCAUUGAUGGAGGAAGACCCUCGAAUUCUCAGCAAGAUAUCACUCAACUCUUUAGGUGAAACUCCUCUUCACAUAUCAGCUUCACUUGGCCACUUAAAUUUCACCAAACAACUUGUUUCUCAAAAGCCAAAACUUGCCGAGGAGCUGGAUUUGCUCAAGCGAUCACCUCUGCACUUGGCGUCCGCCGAGGGCCACACAGAGAUAGUGAAGGCACUAAUAGAAGUGAACAAAGAUAUGUGCUUGGUUAGAGAUGAAGAUGGCAAAAUCCCUCUUCACUACGCUGCCAUGAGAGGACGUGUCGAAGUGAUUGAAAUGCUUAUCAGCGCGGAACCAAAGUCGAUUCAAGAGAAGCUUAAUGAAGGAGAAACAGUGUUGCACCUGUGUGUUCAAUACAACCAGUUGGAGGCUCUAAAAGUGUUGGUUGGAUCAAUAUUAGAGGGUGACAUUCAGAAUGACGAGUUCCUCAACUCCAAAGAUCAGGAAUAUGGCAACACCAUUUUGCACUUGGUUGUGAUGCUAAAGCAAAUUGAGACGAUAAAAUACUUGGUUUUAAUACCUGAAGUGAAAACGGGAGCGAGUAGCUUGAACAGAAUGGGGUUUACAGCCUUUCGAAUGAUAGAGCAACUUCCAAAGGACUUCAAAAGCAUCAAAAUCCUCAAUAUUCUUCAGGAUGCACUGGGUCCCCAUCCCCAAACACAAAAACAUGAUGAUAAUUGUAAGGAAUCAUCAGAUGCAAGUUGUUGGAGACAAUGCCUGAGGUACAUAGGUAAGUACAAUGUUGAUUGGGUAAAAGAUAGGAGUGGAUCUCUCAUGGUAGCGGCAACUGUGACAGCAUCAAUGACAUUCCAAACUGCAGUUAACCCGCCUGGUGGUGUGUGGCAAGAAGAUACCACCACCACCACUUUCAAGAUUGACAACAAUACUUAUUGCGGCCCCGGCCAAAAUCAAACAUGUAUUGCUGGAACUUCAGUGUUAGGCUAUAUCUGGAAAGACCAAUAUAUGUUAUUUUUAGCUUAUAAUAGCAUCGCUUUCCUCUCAGCGCUCAGCAUAAUAUUUUUGCUUCUUACUGGAUUCCCAGUUACGUACAAGCCUUUUAUGUGGCUUUUGAAUCUUGCCAUUGCUGGCAAUAUUACGUUUAUGGCACUUACCUUCAUGGAAGGAAUGUACUUGGUCGCGCCUUUGAAAAUUCAGGAUGAGGUAACGAGGAUCUACUACAGUCUAUUUUACACAUGGAUUGCAAUCGUUGGGAUCGUCAUUCUGCAACAUACAAUUCGCUUAGUCAAUUGGGCUUUUAAGAAGAUACUCAAGCAUCUCAAAAGUUCCCAUGCACUCUAUACUAGUACACAGGUUUAAUUGUUGAUGUUAAUUUGGAUAAUUAGUUGUGGUAAAUUACUUUUUUUUUUUUUAAUCACUCUGCGCUUUCAGCCUAGCUAACUGGCACUAGCUAGCAGCUUUUGUUUUCUCUUAUGCAAUCUAAGUUAUAGAAUUUGGUAUGGUAACAAGUCAAAGUCUAUUUUGACUGUGGCUUUUUGAACGUAUUUUCUAAAUUAUAAAUAUGAU